CCUUUUAAAUGUGAUGUUUGUAACAAGAAAUUUGUUCAACAGGAAGCACCUCGAGUUCACAUGAGAAUACCCAUCGGAGAGAAACCUAUAAAUGUGAUGUUUGUGAAAAAUGUUUUACACAACAACUUUCUCUUGGGAGAAAAACCUUUCAAAUGUGAAGUUUGUGAAAAGGGUUUUACUCAAGAAAGUACAUUCUUA